AUGAAGUUCACUACCGUCUCUGCCCUUCUCGCCCUCGCGCCAUCGGCCCUGGCGGAUUGGCAUUUUGCAAAGGGCAAGGAGAUCAAGUAUACCUCUGUGGAGGGCUUCUUUAAGCAAGAUGAUCCUGCUACUGAGCCUAGUACCUUUGACUACGUCGACUGGAACUUCGGUCUUCUCAACCGCACAUACCCCACAGACCCCAAGAACCCCCGCAAAGGCUACAGAACACAAUGGGAGCGCUUCGAGCAAUACGUCAAGCAUCUCAACCGCAAUGCCUCCCGCGAUAAGACGCGGUACAAGGUUCUCGUCAUGGGACGUCAUGGUGAGGGGUGGCACAAUGCUGCUGAGUCUUACUAUGGAAAGGCAGCUUGGAACUGUUACUGGGGCGUUCAAUCUGGUAACGCCACUGCGACGUGGGUAGAUCCCCUCCUCACUCCCGCUGGAUUAGCAGAGUGUUACAAAGCGAAUGCAUAUUUCAAGACGCGCUAUGAGAACGAGGGAAUGCCCUUCUUUGAGAGUUACUACGCUUCUCCCCUCGCACGCUGCAUGCAAACAGCGCAUUACACCUUCGACGGUAUCAAACUCCCCAAGAACAAGCCCUUCGUGCCUGUCGUCAAGGAACUUCUCCGCGAAGGAAUCUCCAUCCGAACUUGCGACCACAGAGGAAACAAGACUUAUAUCGAAAGUUUCACACCCAAGGUCAAGUUUGAGAAGGGCUUUGCGUUCGAGGAUCCGUUCUGGACAGGUGUGAAGGGUGAGACGGGCGAACAUCAACUUGAGCGCAGCAAAGAAGUUCUCGAUGAUAUCUUCACCAGCGAUAACAAUGUUUGGCUGAGCAUCAGCAGUCACUCUGGAGAAAUCACCAAGUUGCUCGAGGCGCUGAACCAUCGACCUUUCAGACUUGCUACCGGUCAGAUUAUUCCUGUUCUUGUCAGAGCGGAUGUUGUGCCGGAGGAGCCUACUUCUACUUUUGUUUCGUUCACUGCUGAGGCUACCUGCAAUGCGCCGCCUGUGACGAGUGUUUGGCCUGGUGGUUGUGUUUGCUCGAGCUCUACUACGUUGGCUACUGCGCCUGCGACGGCGACAUGA